AUGUCUCCACUGCAGCAGCAGCAGCAGAUGAGCAGCAGCAGCAGCGACAGCUGCUGCUUCAGCGACAGCAACAGCUGCAACAAAACACGAAAAGGCAAAGGGGCUUCAGAGAGUCGCUGGGGCGGCAGCAGCAAGUGGGCGGGCCCUCCUGCUGCUGAACGAAAGGGCUUCCCCUUGCACAGCAGCAGCAGCAGCAGCAGCAGCAGCGAGGUGACCGUACUGGAGCAAUUCCUCAGGGACUGCGCGGUGCAGGCUUUGGGCGCCUUGCGCAGGCGGCGGCAGCAGCAACAGCAACAGCAGCAGCAGCAGCAGCAGCAGCAGGCCGAUCGGCAUGAAGAUACAGCCACAGCAGCAUCUCCAGCCCCGCUGUCAGCGACUACCAGCGGGAGCGGCUCUGCUGCUGCUGCUGCUGGCGGGGGGGCCCGGGGGCCCCCAAGAGGGGCCCUCUAUCGGGCGUUGAGCGGACAGCCGGCCUCUCUAGAAGAAGAUAUCGUCGCCAUGCUUAACAUGCCAGCAGCUGCAGCAGCAUCAGCUGCAGCAACAACAGCUGCAGCAGAUGCAGGCGCAAGCCUUCCCGCAUCACAGCAGCAGUCAGCAGCAACAACGGCCGCAGCAGCAGCAGCAGGAGAUGCAGGGGCUGUGAACGGAUUGGUUGGUAGCAGCAGCUCUGUACUUCAGUUUGGGGACAAAGCAGGAGAUUCAUCUGCUGCUGCUGUUGCUGCUGCAGCAGCUGCUGCUGCUGCUAAAGGCCCAGGAGUCUGUUGCCGCCUCUUGAAUUCCAGCAGCACCCAAACCAGCGCUUUGAUGCCAUUUCACGAGCACAUCAUUGCUGCUGCUGAGAUGCAGCAGAACCCGUGCAGCAGAACGGAGCAGCAGCUGCAGCAACCGGAGCAGCAGCAGCAGCAGCAGCAGCAGAGCGCUGUUGCUGCAACAGCAGCAGUGCCUGGUGGAGGCCCUUCUGGCUUGUCGCUGCCGCCUGACCUGUCAGUGUACAUGCGGCAGGCUGUGGGGCUCGUUGCAGCAGCAGCAGCAGUUUCUCAGUCUUCCCUUGCUGCUGUGUUCCCUGCCCUGCAGCAGCAGCAGCAGCAGCAGCAGCGCAGCAGCAGCAGCAGCAGCAGCAGCAGGUACAGGAGCAGGACCAGCAGCAGCCGCCGCCGCCGCCGCCACCGCAGCAGCAGCAGCAGCAGCAGCAGUUUGUAA